GGCGAUCUCACUUUCGCUGGUCACUGAGCAUUGUGCGAUAUCCCCGUGAAUCAUUGCGACGGUUCUCAUCCACCAGUAUUGUCCACGCCAUACCAUUGCAUCGAUUGCACCGCGGGAAAAGAUGACAUUCGACGGCCUAUAUGCUCCCCUUCAGAACACUGAGGUGUUCGACGUCAGCGACUGUGUCGCGGUCGUCACCGGAGGUGGAACGGGAAUGGGGUUGAUGAUGGCGAAAGCGCUGGAAGCCAACGGAGCGAAAGUCUUCAUUCUCGGACGACGGCUGGAGGUCCUGCAAGAGGCAGCGAAGCAAUCAACAUUCGGCAACAUCUCCCCCGUGCAAUGCAACAUCACCUCCAAGGACGACCUCCAGAAGGCAGUCGAUCACAUCGCCAACGAGGAAGGCUACGUGACCCUCCUCGUGAACAACGCAGGGAUCGCGACGCCUAAUCUCGGACCGCACCACACACGCCCCAAUGCGAAGUGGGACGUCUCCGCGGUGCGGAAAUACUGGUUUGACAGGUCAUUUGCGGACUACGCCAAGGUCAUGGAGGCGAAUACGAUCGCCCCUCUGCAGGUGUCGUUUGCGUUCCUGGAGCUUCUGGACCAGGGGAAUAAGGUGCGCGCGGAUCAGGCGAAGGCAAAAGGGCGGAAGGACUACGUGCGCAGCCAGAUCGUGAUGCUGAGCAGUGUCGGUGGGUUCGGACGAGACAAUUCGGCGUUUAUCUACGGAGCCAGCAAGGCCGGGACGACGCAGAUGACCAAGAACCUCUCGACGUAUCUGUUUCCGUGGAAGAUCAGAGCGAAUGUCAUUGCGCCUGGAUACUUCCAUACCGAGAUGACGGAUAGCUUCCACAAGACCACGGGGGGAAAGCUGCCUGCUUCCAUGGCACCGGAGGAGCGAUUUGGUGACAUGCAGGAGAUUGGAGGAACGAUCCUCUACCUGGCCUCGAAAGCGGGGGCGUACUGCAACGGCUCUGUGAUGUUGGCUGACGGCGGAUAUUUGGGUAAUCAUCCCAGCGCCUAUUGAUUUGCGGACUCCAUCAUUUAGGAUAAGUCCUAGACCAACUAUGGACAUAGUCGAAUGAGAACGGUAUAAUGAAGACGAGGCAACAAGCCAAUGGAG